UUCUCAUAGUGUCUGGUACGUAGAAUUUACUUGUAUACCUUUCAACAUGGGCGAUAGUCCAAAGAAGAACAGCGAAAAUAACGAUUUUGGCGAUGUUGAAUUUCCGAAGAACGAGAAGAAAGAUGACAAAGAUUACCCCGUAAAACCCCAUAGGCCUUAUCCAGGGUUUAGAAAAAACUUUUAUUACUAUUUCAGUGAAUAUACUAAUAAUACCGGUAUUCACGGUUUUAAAUAUAUGGGAGAACAAGAAAGGACUAUUUUUGAACGUUUAUGGUGGCUGAUACUUUUUUGUGUUUCUCUUUAUAUAUGUAUUUACUUAAUUAUUGAAACAUGGGUAAAAUGGAAUACUUCUCCAGUGCUUGUAAGUUUUGCCAGAAGUCCUACUCCUGUGUGGCAAGUACCAUUUCCAGCUGUUACGGUUUGUUCAGAAAAUAAGCCCCGCCAGACUAGAUACAAUUUUACCGAAAAUUAUCAUAGGAUAAGAAACGAGUCCAAUGAUAUGACCGAAGAAGAAAAGAAACAAUUUUCUGACAUGGCAUUAGUUUGUGAAAACCACAUCUAUAACCAGGGAAAUUUAACGGCAGACUAUAGUACUAUUGAAUUUUUAAUGAGCAUUGCACCUGAUUUUAAUGAAGUCUUAUUGAACUGCAAAUACACCUUGCUUAACGAAAGUUGCGACAACUUUUUCACACCCAUCCUGACAGAAGAGGGACUAUGCUUUACAUUCAACAUGUUAAAUAAGGAAGAACUUUUUAACAACAACGUAUUUUUGACUGGCGAAUACAUGGCCCACGAUAGAAAAUCUGAAGGGUGGAAUUUGAGGGACGGAUAUCCAGCAGAUGCGCCUAUAAAUACGUACCCUAGAAGGGCUAUGUCUGCCGGAUUCAGUUCUGGAUUUUUGUUGUUACUGAGGGCGUUCGAAAAAGAUUUAGAUUACAUGUGCAGAGGGCCUGUGCAAGGAUUUAAGAUUCUUCUGCACAAUCCAGCCGAAACGCCUAGAGUCGGGAUGCAAUACUUUAGAGCUCCUCUAAACGAAGAAGUUGUGGUAGCUGUUAAACCGGACAUGAUGACCACAUCCGAAGGUCUGAAGACGUACGAAGCUCAUAGAAGGCAGUGUUAUUUUCCAGAAGAGAGGCCCCUGUCCUUCUUUCAAAGUUAUACUCAACAGAAUUGCCAAGUUGAAUGUCUCACAAAUUUUACUUUGGCAAAAUGUAAUUGUGUGGCUUAUCAUAUGCCACGUGAAGAAAAUACUGCUAUAUGUGGAUCGGGAAGCCUCGUAUGCAUGUUUGAAGCCCAAAAUGAACUUCUACGCCGAGAAGUUCAAUCAGGACUGAACACCGAAAAAGACAACGGGAACAUCACUUCAGAUUGUGACUGUUUACCAGGCUGCAUAUCUCUAGUUUACAAUGCCGAGACCUCUCAAGCCCAUUUCGACUGGCAUAAGAUGUUCCAGUCCUACAAAGCGAACGCAAGUGAAAAAGGCUACGAAGGCGCUCAGAUAACCAGAAUUAAUAUUUUCUUCAAAGAGCAACAGUUCAUUACCUCGGAAAGGAACGAGUUGUAUGGUACUACCGAUUUUCUUGCCAACUGUGGCGGUAUUUUGGGUCUUUUUACUGGGUUCUCUUUCUUAUCGAUUGUUGAAAUUGUUUAUUUCUUGUCGCUGAGGUUGAUUUGUAAUGUUAAGAAGCACGGAUCGCAUUACUGGUCUGGAUCGCCCGAUUUAGUUAAUAACGAUAUGUACAUCCAUAAGAAAUAAUUUAAUUGACUUGUUAUAUCUACAGUGUGUCCCCGGAUUGUCUUUACAAGAGGAAAAGCUUUUUUAUUAAUUGCAUUUUGAAAAAAAUAUCUUACUAACUGAAUUAAUCUAACUCAAUUUUCUUCGUAAAAUGUUUUGUUUCUUCUUCUUACAGUGCGAUACUCUAUAUAGAGCGUCGGCUACCUCUCGCAUGUACUUGUGAUGUGUGUCAUUAGUGUUUCCCAAAUACAUGGGACUUACAGUUUACCGCCGAAUCCGAACGGCACUAUUUGAGAGGCUGUAUGAGGCAAAUAUACUCAAGGUGGUUUGCCAUUGCCUUCCUUGAGGUGGCGUGGCGACUCUCUGGUCGCUCUAUUUAGAUAAAUCAAUAUUUUUAUUUAAAUAAAUAAAGCGACCGUACUGGCUGAGGAUCGAACCCAGUAUCCAGAGGAUCAAACCCAUGUUUUGUUCCUUUGUUCUAAAAUUAGGCCAGUAAGCGAGUAUAAUAAUAUUACCUCCGAAUUCUUGACACCCGCACCUAUUGACGUGAAAUUUUAACAGUGAAUAAAGAUAUAUGUAAGAAACAAAAGUUAAAUAGUAGCGAUGUGUGCUUUCACUCUGAGAGUGAGUGCCACCCCUUCUCGGGGGUGAAAAUUAAAUCAAGUAUUUUCAUUGCAAAAAUUAACAAAGGGAUGAAUUCUAAGUAAAAAAUUUUCUAAAACAUUUUUUCAGAAAAUUAAUAUUUUCCGAGUUAUUUAGGAUUGAAUAUGUUGAUUUUUCAUCUAAAAGCUGCAUAUUUUUCUGCCAUUUUUCAUAAAUAAUUCGAAAAUUUUGCGCUUUAUCGCAAAAUUCAUAUAAGCAAACAUAAAGCUUUUGGAAUAACGAAUCGACUAUUUUUGUUCAUUACCGUAGGUGUGAUAAUAGCCGAAUUAUUACUCUGUAAAGGCGAUUUUUUAUUUUUUGAAAACUAAAUUGAAACCUUUUACCGUAAAAUAUGGCGAAAGAACCCAUUUUUCGAAGUAAAUGAAUAGGACCGUGUUUAAAGUGCUUGAAAAGACCUUUUAAAUGUUUUUUUUAAGUCUUUUCAAGUUCGUACCUCAAGAACUCGCGGAGUU